AUGGCAACGGCUUCGGACGCGGUCGACUUUGACUUGGAGACGGUCAACAAUGUCGAGGAGGCGGCGUACCAGGACGGCUACCAGCAAGGCUUCGACCACGGCGCGCUGCAUGGGACGUUCGAAGGGCGUGAACUAGGGCGCGAGAAGGGCUUCGAGCUUUGGGAGGAAGUAGCUUUCUAUCGAGGCUUGGCCAAGGUGUGGAAGGAGUGUCUGGAGCAAGCGGAAGCGGUGGGUCACGCCUCGCGGAAGCAGUCCAAGCAGCUCCAGCACCUGGCCGGGCUCGAGAAGCUCAUCUCCUUUUUCCCCACCACCAACACGUCGGACCCCUCAACGGACCUGCGCCCGACCGAGCCCACGGAAGAGGCUGGGGAGGAAAGCGAGGAUACCGAGGCCGAGACGACGAACGAUGACGAUCUCGCCAAGCUCGACAUGCUGGCGUUGCUGGAGAAGAUUCGAGCCAAGUACCGGCUGACAUGCUCGGUGCUGGGAAUAGCGCCGCAGCGCGCGCCGUCACUGGCGCAGAUCGGCCGUAGUCGCCAGGACGACGAUUCCGAAAACGUCGCGCGAGCGGAGAGCAAGUCGGUGCUGGUGGCUGGCAAGUUGGUGGACCCAACACAGCUCAAGUACUGA